AUGGCAGAUCUGCCGUGUGGUAGUACAAUCCUCAGCUCCAACUUCGGCCGACAGAUACUACACAACCUGGCGCUACAGCAGCAGACAGGGAAGCACUGUGACAUCAUCGUGGUAGCAGAAGGGAGGAAAUACCCUGCACACAGCGAAGUCAGCGCAGCGGGGCUGGAGACAGCGCUGGAGUUUGUCUAUACGUCGUCUGUUGUCAACACGGAGAGAUGCAGCUGGGAAGAGUUACUACAGGCUGCAAGGUAUUUGGAGAUCAAGCCCUUGGAGGACAUUUUGAUGUCCGACCUCCAGACAACAAUAACAACAACAGAAAACAACAACACAACCUCAAACCAAACCGACAACGAGACAACUGACUCCUGUAAAAAGGUUGCCCUGUCUCCCCCACCACACAGCCAUGCCGAAGGUGAUAAGGCAAGCGAAGGUAACGAAACACCUCUGGACCUCAGCCCUUCUCCGUCUGCGAAUCACAGAGAGGAGAAAACCGUCGAGUCUUCGCCAUUGUCUUCGCCAUUGUCGAGUCAAGCGGCGAGCCCGCGCCGGACGCGUAGGCAGCGGAAAAACCCGAGGCCACACAAAGUACGCUCGUCCUCCGAUCUUCAGAGCCUACCAGACGACACUCCUAUGAAUGAAAAUGACGAGAACUUGCAGAAAAACUCUGAAGAAGUGAAGGAAAACAAAGACAAGGAUGCGACAAGUCCAAACGAUGUAUUCACAGAUACAACAUCUUCAAAAGUUGACAACACAGUCACAGACAACAAGGCCUCGCCAACAAACGUCACAGGGCUUGAAAAUAUAAAAAUUGAGAACACUUUCUCCCUCCAUGGGAUGGGGAACUCCUUCGACUUGAGGGUGUUAGGGGGAAAGCUCCCGCCGAAGUACACAGAAGUCGUGCCUCCGAACGUAACAGUGGGCCAGCACAUCCCGAACGGUCCGAUCGCCAGAACUCCCGCUUCCAACACGAACACAACUACUUCCAGCAACAGCAGCACAACCCAACCGAACACCACAGUGGCGCACCAGCUCACAGUAAAGACGGAGAAUCUGAACACUUGUGCCAUCAGCAUCUCCCCACAAGUCAUCAGUCCCGGAGCCAUCACUGCCGGUACUGCUAUCAGACAGGUAGCAACCACACCAGUGCCAUACCUCCAGCCAGCGAACCUGACCACACUGAACACCAUCACAGCACAGCCGAGCGGUGUGACGGCACAGUGUCUACCACAGAUCGCUAACACGUUACCCGGGGGAGCCAUUAUACACCUCCUACCCAACCCCAUCGGCAUGAGCCCUCUGCUACAACAGUACCCCUUCCAACUAGUGGCAGCGAACAGUAAUGUACUGCUACAGACUUGUUCUCUGCCCACUGCAAAAGUGAACAGCACAGACAAGGCCCCACAGCCACAGCCGGAGGUACACAGUCCCACAGGUGACGUGAAGAACACUGAGAACAAGAAGGCACAGCAGAACACUGAGCAGACUGUGCUGCAGGCACUCAGGGUCAACCAGCGACCAGACCAGGAACAGGUCGGCCAGCCCCACCUGAACAUCCCCACCCUGGUGAAGCUGGUUCUGGUGUCACAAGCUGACGAGCUGGGGGAGCCGGACAUCCUCGCCCUCAUGACCAGGAUCAAGCCCUCCAUCGAGACCGAGUACCCACCAUCCGUCCUCAAGACAAAGGUCAGCGCGGCGCUGGAUUGCGGACUGCGCGAGGGAAUCUUCACCAGGAAGCGAGACAUGAACCAGAGGUCCAUCUGGGCCAUCAACGCGGCCAAGCUGAAGCCAGUCGUAGAGGAACUCAGGUGGAACGUGUACCGACACACCAUCUACAAACACUCCAACAUUAACAAUUAGCUAGCUGUAG